UAGAACUUGUUCGGAGUUUAAUCACCAGAACCACCACUGGUUUACAGUAGGCCGAAAAAGACAGUCGAUCUAACACCCUCUCUCCUCUUCACUAUCUCCCUCUUUGAUUCCUCUUCAUUCCUCUCUUUUCUACCAAGUAAAUUGCAAACCAGCGCUUCGAUCUGGCAGCAUCGAUUUCAAGGUAAGUGGAAAUCUUCAUUGCUGCUUCCUCUCAGAAUUUCAUUAUCUCUGUAAUGGAGAUGAGGAAGGGGGUUCUCGCAAUUUUAGCGCUCGUACUGCUCUGCAAUUUGGCGGUGAUUGCAAAUGGAGAUGAUCAAAAGACCGUGGUGAAGAUUGUGAAGGGAAAGAAAGUUUGUACAAAAGGAUGGGAGUGUAAGGACUGGUCAAUCUAUUGUUGUAACCUGACCGUAACAGAUUAUUUCCAGACAUACCAAUUCGAGAAUCUCUUCUCGAAGAGAAAUUCGCCGGUGGCUCACGCUGUGGGCUUUUGGGACUACCAAUCGUUCAUUACUGCCGCCGCCAUGUUCGAGCCCCAAGGCUUCGGCACCACCGGCGGCAAGCACAUGCAGAUGAAGGAAAUAGCUGCUUUUCUCGGUCAUGUCGGUUGCAAAACCUCUUGUGGUUAUGGAGUGGCAACAGGAGGACCCUUGGCUUGGGGCCUUUGCUACAAUAGAGAAAUGAGCCCUAGCCAGUCUUAUUGUGAUGAGUCCUACAAAUACACCUAUCCCUGCAGCCCUGGAGCUGACUACUAUGGCAGGGGUGCCUUGCCAAUCUACUGGAACUAUAAUUAUGGUGCUGCUGGGGAAGCUCUGAAAGCGGAUCUGUUGAAUCAUCCUGAAUAUAUUGAGCAAAAUGCUACACUUGCUUUCCAGGCUGCAAUUUGGAGAUGGAUGACACCCAUAAAAAAGUCACAGCCUUCAGCCCAUGAUAUCUUCGUUGGCAAUUGGAAGCCCACCAAGAAUGACACCUUGGCCAAACGGGGUCCUAACUUUGGCACCACCAUUAACGUUCUCUACGGGGAUCAGAUUUGCGGCCAAGGUGAUAUUGAUCCCAUGAAUAACAUCAUUUCCCACUACCUGUAUUACCUUGACCUGAUGGGUGUCGGCCGAGAGGAAGCUGGGCCUCAUGAAAUGCUCUCAUGUGCGGAACAGCAAGCAUUCAAUCCUACAACUCCUGCCUCUACUUCAUCUUCCUGAGUUUCAUGUGGUAUUCACCCAGAUCAUAUUGUUUCGUGGUGGAAACUUCCAAGAUUGUUUUGUUCAUGGUUCUACAACCAGGACAAGUAUAAGUAAGGAUUUCUAGGCCUUUCGAGUGACGUUUAUGUUGAGAAGAUGUUUUGUUCAUGGUGAUGAAGAUGUCGUGUUGUUAUUCUAUUAUUCUCUUAUUAUUAUACAUGUAAAGUGGAUUGCACAGGAGAUCUGUUAUUUGCUUUCAUUCUGUGUGUGUGGGCAUUGCCUAUUAUUAUCAUUUCUACAUUCUUGUGUUCUUGUUAAUGUGCAUUAGAGUAGAGACAAUAUAAAGAUCUUUAUAUAUGGUUUUAUUAUACUCAAA